GAAUCAAAUUCAUCAAAAGAUUCAUCUUUUAGAUCUGGUUACGUAAUUCGAUUUGCUCUGUUUUUUGUUUUGAAUUCUUUAUAAAGUAACCAAAUUUGGGGAAGAGGGUGAUAAUGGAUUUGGACGAUUUCCGAUCGGUUAUGGAUAACGCUGGUGUUGAUGUUUGGACAUUUAUCGAUACGGCGAUUCUCGUUGCGUCGCUUGACUAUGGUCAAGAGCUUAAGCGGCGGAGAGAUAACAUCGUCGAGCGUCUCUACGCUACGUCCAUGGCUAACAAGUGUAGAAACUGCGAUUUUGGCGGUGGUGGUAGCGUUACGGAGGCGGCGGUUGGUAGGGUUAAUGGGAGGGUUCACGAGGAGACGGAGGAGGAAGAUGAAGAAGCUGCAGCAGCAGCAGCAGAAGAAGUAAGAGAGAAAUCUGUUAAUGUUGAAGACGAUGACGAUUUCGAUCCCUUUGCUGGUUUGUUUGAUGAUGAGCAGAAGAGUAUUCUUGAAAUCAAGGAGAAACUUGAAGAUCCUGAUCUGUCUGAAGAAGCUUUGGUUGAGUUGCUUCAGAAUCUGGAAGAUAUGGACAUAACAUUCCAAGCUCUUCAGGAAACUGAUAUUGGGAGGCAUGUGAAUAGAGUUCGGAAGCAUCCAUCCAACAAUGUUCGAAGAUUAGCUAAACAGCUUGUCAAAAAAUGGAAGGAAACAGUAGAUGAAUGGGUCAAAUUUAACCAGCCUGGUGAUCUUGAACCUCCGAGUUUGAUAGCCGAUGAGGAUUCACCCGUGCAGAAAGCUCUCCAUAACGGUAAUCGCCAACAGGUUCCUGAUUUCGGAUAUUCACCGGUUCCUCAGAAUGGGUAUUCCAGUUCAAGCAAGAACAGUAACAUUACCGAGCCAGAGAGAAAACCAAGACCUGUUGCUGCUGCUGCUCCUCCAUCUAGGAGAGAAUCUCCUUCUCCAGCUAAACCUUCUCGCCCGUCUCCUUCUCAACAAACCAUUCCGAGGGACAAAGAGCAUAAAGAAGUUGAUUUCGACACAGCCCGGAAAAGGCUACAACAAAACUACAGACAAGCAGAGAAUGCAAAAAAGCAAAGGACUAUACAGGUGAUGGACAUUCAUGAGAUCCCUAAACCUAAGAAAGGUGGAUUUUUCCCAAGAAAAGGCGGUAGUUCUCAAGGUGGUAGACACUGGUAAAUUGAGAAAGAUGAGAGUUAACUGAACAAGAGAAAAAGAAAAAAGGACAGAGAGCAAAGCUCUGUUUCUGAGACACAAGAAGACAGUGAAUUCUAAAUAUGUUUCAAGAAUUUGGAAUUAAGUUGAUUGACGGUUUGCAUCAAGUUUUUAUCAGUUACAGUCAAUGUAAAUUCAAUUUCUAAUUAAAGGUUCAACCUUGU